AUGAUUCUCCAAUGGACCAAAGCUGAGCUCACAAGUCCUUUAAGAAGGGCCUCCCACUCUUCUCUCUACAGAAGGUCCGUCGUGGGGGCCUCCCGGGGGGCCCCCCUGGGGGGGGCCCCCCUGGGGGCCCCCCUGGGGCCCCUCGGCACCCUGGGGGCCCCCCCGCAGCACAGCCGCGCGGCCAGGGAGCAGCGCAGAAGGCAGCAAGAAGAAAGCGAAGCAAAAAUACAACUGGUGAAACAAAGACUGAUGGUGGAGCAAGUGCGGGAGCAUCAAGGCCUGGGCUGCACAAUUUGCCAAGAAUCAAUUUUGUGGGGUGAAGAAGUGCUGCGGGUGCCGGGGUCGCAGCAGCAGCGGGAGGCAGGGGCCCCGGGGCUCCAGCAGCAGCAGCAGCAGCACCAGCAGCAGCAGCAGCAGCAGCCGCGGCCCCUAGCGCCCCAGAGCGCUUUCCCCUCGCCCAAGAAGUGGCAGCAGACACCACAGAAGGAUGGAUGGACAUUGAACUUGGGCCCCGCACUUCUGAAGAAACAACUGCUGCAGGAACAGCCUCGGGCCGCUGCUUCUCCAGUGCAGCAGCAGCAGCAGCAGCAGAAAAAGUAUCAGCAGCAGAGAGUAAAGCAGCAGCAGAGAAAGCAGCAGAAACGCAAGCCGCAACGACAGCACCAAGGUCAGCAGCAGCAGCAGCAGCAACGAAGGCAGCAGCAACAGCAGCAACAGCAGCAACAGCAGCACGGCAAACAGCAGCAGCAGCGGCUGCUGCUGCACUUUUUGAAUUCGCAAGUCCCAAUUCAUGUUUGCUGCAGCAGCAAAUUGCCUUUAAUGGGUUAA